AUGCAUGCAGGGGAUUCUUCUGUUACUGCCACCAUGUCUAUGGCCAUGUCUAGUGCUAGUGCAACUGGUAUGGGCGGUAUGAGUGGUAUGAGUGGUAUGAGUGGUAUGAGCAUGUCGGGCACUGCUACGUCUGCAAUGGCUAUGAGCAUGUCGAGUAGUGCUACAGCCAGUGCAACUGGUAUGAGUGGCAUGAGUGGCAUGAGUGGCAUGAGCGGUAUGGGCGGUAUGAGUGGCAUGAGCAGCGGUGAUUCAAUGCCUGGGAUGAAUUCGUACCUAACCAGAAAAUACAUGAACUAUCCUGUGCUUUUCAAGCAUCUAAAUGCGUCAAACCGCGGACAAGCGUUUGGGAUAUUUGUGCUAAUCGUUGCUGUUGCAUUCGUAUACAAGGCAUUGCUAUUCCUAAGCUGGUACUUGGAAUUGGAAUGGUUCAAGAGAAGCACCACUCCCGAGGACCAGGACGUUGAUGAGGCCACUGGUAAGAAGAUCGCAUAUACUGUACAGGAUUUAGAACUGCAAAAGCAGUUCUUGCCUACCAGUUUCAGCAAAUUCAUGUUCAAUGUGUUUGCACCAAACUGGAUCGAUUUUCUCCAUGACUUGAUCCGUCUCUUAAUCACAUUCGCCUCUACCAUGUUCAUCUACAUGUUAAUGCUUGUCGCUAUGACGUACGUGUUGACAUAUAUCUUCGCUGUUAUCCUUGGUUUGUCUCUAGCUGAGAUCUUCUUCAACAGAGUCAAGAUCAACCUCUUGAAGGCACGCGAACUCAAAAAGGAAUGGGAAAGACGCUUCAAGCUGUGCCAAUGCGCGCCAGCGCCAAAUGCCGGCUCGUCCUAUGAAGAUGACGAUGGCCAAUCGUCCACCACCAGUAAAGCUACCCUUGACGGUACAGAAAAGAACAGAAACUCUACCAGCAAGGCUCCAAAGGUCGGCUGCUGCUGCGGUAGCGACGAAGAUCCUCAAGAUGAGGCCGAAAGAAACAUCCGCAGUAUUGCAACCCAAAAGGAACAGGCCGGAAACAUGAACGUCGACCUUCUCCCAGCUGACAACGUGAUAUAG